UAAACAUAUUACAAAUUCAGAACACCCGACAGGAACCGGAGGCAAUUGCAACCAGGUUUCAAUUCGUUUGAAUUUUGCGGCUGCAGAAAGGUAGAGGAAUAGCAGUGCGAGAAUAAAAUAAUGUUGAGCCUGAGCAAGAAAUCCUUUCUGGGGAGGACGGCUAAAUUAAAAUAUCUACACUCUCUUCCUCGAACGAUUUCAGUCGUUUUUUUUUCCAAUUCAACUGAAGAUUCAAAACAGACAGAUACAGCUCAAGGUAGAAAAGAAUAUGAUAUUGCUAUUGUAGGAGGAGGAAUGGUGGGGGCUGCAGUUGGUUGUGGUCUCGCAAGCUUGCCCCUGACAAAAGCAUUAAAAAUAGCUAUUAUUGAUAGCAACCCGACCUUAGGAGUGAAGAAAAUCUUCCCCAAAGAUGACAUCCCUGAUCCAAGGGUCAGUACAAUCACUCCAGCAACAGUUUCCUUUUUUAAAGAUAUUGGAGCAUGGGAGCAUGUGCAAGAAUGCAGACAUGCACCAUUUGAUAAAAUGCAGGUAUGGGACUACACUGGUUGGGGUUACACACGAUAUAAUGCUAGAGAUGUAGGAAAGCAAGUUUUGGGAUAUGUGGUGGAGAACAAAGUACUACACAAUGCACUUCUGUUAUGUCUACAGGAUAAAGGUUAUGCUGAGAUGAUAUAUCCAGCAAAAGUAAAAUCUGUGCUUUCUCCCUCAAACUCUCAAUCAAUGUUGAAAUCAAAUUCAACAGGACAAGCAGACAAUAAUAAUACAUUAUCAGCCUCAUCUGAAGAUCCAUUGAAUUCCAAUUUCCCUCAUUCUUUGGCCAAAGUUAAGCUUGAUGAUGGAAGCUGUCUCUAUGCAAGAUUGGUGGUUGGAGCAGAUGGUGGGCGUUCUCAGGUCCGUUCAAUGACAGGCUUCCAAACUAGUGGAUGGGACUACAAGCAGCAUGCUCUUAUUUGCACUGUGGAGCUUGAAACUGAAAACCAAACUGCAUGGCAGAGAUUUUUACCGACUGGUCCUCUUGCACUUCUCCCCAUGGGAAAGAAAUUCAGCAAUAUUGUAUGGUCAACUACUCCAGAGCAAGCAGCACAGCUUAAAGGAAUGACUCAGAAUGAAUUUGUACAUGAAGUGAACAGAGCUUUACAGCAUGACUGUGGACCUCAUCUUCUGUCACAAAUCUCUGGAGUUCUAGAUAGCACACCCUCGAUAUCAGAAAUUUUUCAGGUCCCUCCAAGAGUAACUGGCCUGUCAACAGAACGGAUGUCAUUUCCGCUGUCCUUAAUGCAUGCACGCAGCUAUGCAUCAAAUCGUGUUGUUCUGGUGGGCGAUGCAGCUCAUACAGUGCAUCCUUUAGCAGGGCAAGGAGUUAACUUGGGAUUUGGAGAUGCUGCUGAAUUGGUAAGAAUUCUCAAUGAAGGCAUUUUGACAGGUUCCGACAUCGGUGAGAUUUCAUUAUUGAAGAAGUAUGAAAGAGAAAGGAAGCUUGUAAAUCUACCUAUGAUGGCCAUAUUGGAUGGAUUUCAGAGGAUAUUUUCUGCUGAUUUUGGACCGGUGAACAUGUUACGUGCUGCAGCAUUCAGUGGUGUUCAGUUUUUGGGCCCUUUGAAAAGGCAAGUAAUGUCUUAUGCUAUGGGUGAUCAGAAGUGGCCACUAUUUCCUUUAAAUCUUGACAAAGUUCUACGUUCUUGAAGCAGUUGUAUACUAUCCCAUGGAUUAGAACUCACAUUCACUUUUUGUAAAAGAAUGUAAAGAGAUUUUACUGUUUUCAGAUUCUCUUUGAUUAAACUGAUUAGUAUUUUACAUAAAUUUUCUUGUUUUCUGUAAGUGAUAAUUGUCUCAACAUAAAAUUUCAUUAAAAUUGUAGUAAAUUCACCUUGGAAUGUUAUGGUGUAAUUUCCACUUCCAUUUAGGGCGUCGUUGCAGAAGAAUUUUGCAGAACUAAUCAUUUGAAAUACUUGGCCCAUUAAGUACAGUGCAAAUGCAAUACAAGAUUAGAGGAUUUGAAUUUCAUCAUUUGACACGAAUAUCUGUAAAUUUGUGAAAAUAUGAGGGACCUACUCAUUUCUGAUAGAGAACUUGGAAGCCUCAAAAACGAAAUCAUUAAUCACAUUUUUCAUUCAAUGUA